ACCCACAGUGUGACGGCAGCAGAGCACUUUAGUAGUUUGCACUCACUAUGGAGAAAUAAGGGCUUGGUUUCAAUGGCCACUGACCCUUGGACCCAGCAGAAAGAUCUGUAGCUGCAAGCUCACCUGCUGGUGUUUCCGGAAAUGAAGCUUAGCUCCAUGACACACUCCAGAAGGACGGGUCACAAGGUUGAAUAAAAAAUGGACGUCGAUUUGUGCAUCUGGCUAAUACUGUGUGCAACUGGAGUGAUGGGACAGUUCCAAGUGGAGCCUCUCGAGUCUACUGUUCUCAAGGGCUCAGAUGCUCGAUUCAGUGCCACGGUGCAGGGAAUGUGGGAAGUCAUGACAUGGAAUGUCCGAGGUUUUCUGGUCCUCACCGUUCCGAAAAUUGGUAACAUAUCUUCGUCCUCUGGACAGUUUUCUGCCUCCUUCUGCUCCGCCGAGGACACCACCUGCGUGGUGUUCACCAUCCACAACGCCUCCCGUAGGGAGGCUGGGCCAGUCAUCUGCACAGUGCAGGGAGACUACGGCUCCAAGUUAGCACGGCUCCAUGUGCAAGAGAGUGGUACAGUCCAGAUCAAGGAAGGUGAUAAGAAGGUGACCCAGGAUGAUGAGGUGGACUUCAACUGUCUGACUUCAGCUUGGUUCCCUAGCCCUGUUGUCAGCUGGAACCUGAACGGUGGCGCAGUGGAUAGCAGCCUUUACAACAGUACUCACGUAGCUCACGAAGAUUCCUUCAACUCCUCCAGUGUCCUGAAGUUUAAAGCUGUCAAAAAUUCGACCGUGGAGUGUUUGGCAAUUCUGCCGACACUAACAAAGCCACUAUCCAGCUCGGUCCACCUAGUGGUUGUGCCAAAGCCUCCAGACUGGACAGUCCUGAUAGCUGUGGUUUGCUCUUUUGGAGGUUUUGCUCUGCUAUUUUUACUCAUCUAUGGGAUGGUCUUUUGCUACAAACGCAGGAGAGAAAAAGAACCCAACUACCAAGAAGAAAUGAUUAAACGAUUUAGGACACAGAGCCAGUUGAGCGGACUAAGACCACCUGGACAGAAACAAGGUCAAGUCAAUGCAGGUUAUGUGACAGAUGGUCAAAAAAGUGUCACUCCAAGUGACUUGACAGAAAGUGCUUCAACUCGCUCCAAUGUUUUUGAGAUGCCUGAUGCUGUUUACAACGGCACAGAAAAUGGAAAUGGCUACAGCAUUGCGGAUGAAGGCUUUAGAAAACACAGACAUGCGACGACUGUGUAAAAAGACCGAGCACUCUGAACCCCAAAGACCGAAACAAACAAACGUCCGGCUCUUCUGUUGGCUUUUACAGGAAUUUCACUGUUUUACCGUGUGUAUUUGGAAAAUAAUAAUGACAUUAUUUUUGUAUUUACCCUUGAAAUAAACUCCAUAAAAUGACA